GACUAAACUGACUAAAAGGACAUAUAGUGAGAUUUCUAAUGAAAAGACAAUGGUUAAUGUAUAUCUAAAUUAAUUGAUUGGCAGAAAAGGUUGAAAAUGAGAGCUGUGAUGUAACCCUGAUUGUUGUUUACCGUGGAAACGGCUGUCCAAGUGGGUAAGACCACCCACAACCUUUUUAGCAACUUUGGCUGUCUCUUUCGUUCUUAAACAGAAGUGGGUUUGGCUUUUGUGGUCUUCCCCCCAAUGUGAGUUAAACAGGUGGGCCAGUUCCGUGGAACUCCAUUUUGACAACACUUCACAGAAUACGACAGUAUAUUUUAGCGCGGAGGUCCAGUCACUUUCUGGCAAAAUGCAUGCAAAAAAAAUGAGACCAUUUUGUAUCUUUGCAGUAUUUGGUUUGGCCUUCGUGUUUUCAGAUUCGGCAGAAUGGACUAAAGUCCGUCUUGGAGACACCGUCCUUCUGGGAUGUAGCAUUUCAUACAACAGAGAGACAACAUGGGUGCGACAGUUCACAGAUCAAGUGCCAACUGUAGUUUUGAUAUCUGGUCCGAACAAUCACGGAGGAGAGGUCGUCAGCAGAAACCCGCUCAGCGAGAAAUUCACCGCUGUGGCAAAUACAGAAGAUAAAACGAACCAGCUGCAGAUUACGAAUGUCACCGACGCGGACCUGGCGUUGUACUACUGCUUUGGGACAAUACUGGGAAUGCAGAAGUUUGGGAAAGGCACCAGACUCUAUCGAGUUUUUGAUAAGGGAUAUAACGACACUGGUCAUGAAGCUGAACCACAGGAAAAGGACCAUGACACUGGUCAUGAAGCUGAACCACAGGAAAAGGACCAUGCUGUAGGUGUGAUUCCGUUCUUCAGGUCCCUCUCCUUUUACACCGUUUACGCCGCCCUGCUAGGCCUCGGACAACUCGGGCUGAUCUGUGCCGUUUUCACCGUUCAUCUGAGGAGCAGAGGAGCAGCCAACCCCAAAAUGGCCCCCAGAGCUCCCAAACGCAGGCACACAUAUACAACCUACUGAUCGUUUCAGUACAAACACCCACCUACUGUCUGUUAGAGUCUACUGACCGUUUCAAUACAGAUAUCGACCUACUGACCUUUUCAGUACAGACAUGACCUACUGACCAUUUCAGUAGACACCAAUCUACUGACUGUUUCAGUACAGACACCAAUCUACUGACUGUUACAGUUCAGACACCGAUCUAGUGACCGUUUCAGUACAGACACCAACCUACUGACCUUUACAGUACAGACUCCGACCUACUGACCGUUACAGUACAGACACCGACCUACUGACCGUUACAGUACAGACUCCGACCUACUGACCAUUACAGUACAGACUCCUACCUACUGACCGUUACAGUACAGACACCGGCCUACUGACCGUUACAGUACAGACACCGACCUACUGACCGUUAAAGUACAGACACGGACCUACUGACCGCUGCAUUACAGACACUGACCUACUGACCGCUGCAUUUCAGACUCCAACCUACUGACUGUUACAGUUCUAACACCAGGGGUGUAUUUCACGAAGCAGGAUUACCAAGUUAGCUGGAUAACUGUAAAACCCGGGACCUUCCCAAAAUCUGGAAAUUGGACUGCUGAAAAAAGAGUUGUUCCGGGUCUUGUCUAGUGCAGUUAUUCAGUGUAAUCCUGUUUUGUGAAAUAGCCCCACUUCACUUAGGUUAUUGCUUAACGCAGUAGUUCCCAGCGUGAAUAAAAAUAUGGUGUUGCAUCUCAUAUUGUACCUGCAUAGUUUUUAUGACAUGCAAUUAAUUUACUAUGCGCUGUACAUAUAUCUUGGAUAAAACUCAUCAAAAUAUAUAUGACUCGAGUUACUUAAGAGGGUGUGUAUGUAAAAAUCACUUUCACUUAUACUGUAUUAUGUAGUAUAUAUUGGCAAUGAGAAGUACUGGCAAUUCUGGCAAAGAUUUUGUUGUCAUUUUAUUUGUUGAAGCAACAAAAAAUAUAUUAAUUAUUUUUCGAA